AUGAGUUCCAAACGAGGCACCCCUCCAAAUCUGAUUCCGACUCCACCGAGGCAUCUUGGAGGCCCGCGUAAACGUGGCAGGGCUCUGGACAGUCCCAGUCAAAGUAAGCGUCAAAAGAUUGAGGAAGGACUCAAAAGACCUAGCAAGCCAAAAGCAAAACAAGAAACACGCAAGAUUUUGCCCUUGGCAAAUCCGCACCGCGUGCGCGAGACGACCCAGAUACGAUCCAAUUCCGUCAAGGCCGAAAGCAAAAGCCCUCCUCGGAUCGGUUAUUCUACUAGUUCUCGACGAACUGCUGCAUCGGACUCUUCUGAACACUCCUCGGGCUCCCAGGAUGAGGAUGGGAAUCGCAAAAAGAAACACAAUGAAGAUGACGAUCCCUAUCGAGACUAUGGAUCACCAGACGACGACUUCGAAAUCGAAGCACAAUUCGAUAAAGAACAUGCUAAAUCCCAGGCAGGGGUUGAACGAAGAAAUCUCGUCAACGAGAUUACACAGGAGAAAGCUAGGCGUAUGGCUAAAGCAGUGCGAGUUCCGACAAACUCAAAGAUGGGCGAUGGAGAAAGGAAUUUGUACCUUGAGCUUGCUCUACGUGGUUGCAAACCGGUGAUGUAUCACCACUGGAAAACAGACUUCUCUACGCUACCCGAGUCACUCUUCUCUUCGGAAGAACCACGUGCCAACGAGUUAGAGGAAAUAAUAUUCAAAACAAAGACACGAUCUGAGUUCCAUGCAAUCAAAGCUAUGAAAGAACUCCUGGAUUUGGGUGGACAGGUCAGAGACUGCGGUAUUUUGACAGCAGUUUAUCCACCGGAGGUGAUAAGAAAGGUGAUUGCAAAGUAUAUUCGCUGGGCUAUCGACGAUGCCGGGCUCCAAACCAAUUCCGACACUCUUCCGUUUCACAUCAUAUACGCUCAACAGCUUGGACAGCCAACCGUCGAGACUGUCACGAAGGUGGUGAAGAAGCUCACAAAACUGGCACUUCAGCACAGAAGCGCAUAUGAAGGGAUCAAGGAUGUAUACUGGCCUACCUUGGUCGGAUAUGUUAUUUGCGGGCCCAUUGCCACUAUACUGUCCCUCGAUUCAAACCCCAGCUCCCCCGCCUGGGGUGGAGCUGUUGACAAACGAGUGAAAUAUAUGGGUCAAUUCGAUCUCACCGAGCCCGACCAAGAUGUUUGGAACUCUCUCGCCUUGGCUAUUUCAGUGAUUCACGUGCGGGAAACUAUGUUGAAACUUGCUGCUACAUAUUCAGGCCCUCGGGCACCUUUCUUCCGCGGCCAAAACAGUGAUUUUAGUGACGAUGACUGA